AUGCUGUCCAAUGUGGAAAUCAAAGCAAAAGUGAGCAACCCGGCAGCAUUUGCCCAGAAAGCUGCUCAGCUCAGCCAGUCAGAAGGAACGAUCAUCCAGCAGCACGACACGUUCUUCACCUGCAAUCGAGGACGCCUGAAGCUCCGAGACUUAAUGAAUGGAUCUGGUCAGUUGAUCUUCUAUGAGCGUCCAGACACUGAUGGACCCAAACUGUCUCGUUACUCCAUCAGUCCCACCAGUGACCCAUCGAGCCUUCGGACUGUGCUGUCGGAGUCUCUGGGGGUGAAAGGAGAGGUGAGGAAGGAGCGACGGCUGUUCCUUAUUGGUCAGACCAGAGUCCAUCUGGACACGGUGGAGGGACUGGGGCACUACAUGGAGCUGGAGGUGGUGAUGCGACCAGAGCAGACUGUUGAAGAGGGACAGCAGGUGGCCACAGACCUGAUGGAGCAGCUGGGCGUGUCUGCAGAGAGUCUGGUGACCGGAGCUUAUAUGGACCUGAUACUAAAGGGGUGCAAAGACACAUAA